AUGGGUCUCAAGGAUGAUCUUGACUGGGUUGCACCCCCUCCAAAGAAGUACAAGAAGGUCAAGCGCCUCCUCGUCGCCUCCCCACACCGCGUCGUCUACCCUCCUCCCCGACAGGCCUCCUGGUGCCUCUGCUUCCUACCAGCGCCGCCCCGCCACUACCGCAAGACCCCGACGCCGCCCGCCGCCCGGAGACCUCGCCACCUCGACCUCUUCCCCGUCGUCGACCCCGCCAACCCGUCCCCGUCCUCCUCUCCGCCGGACCACAUCGAGCCUUGCCGCCACCUCUGCUCUCGAACGCCGGUGAGGGUCGUGCCCUUCUCCUCCCCUCCUCCUGUCUCCCUCGUGCACGCGCUCACAGCCACGGCCACGUCCAGCGCACGCGUCGUCCCGCGCGCGCACGUCACCCGCUCCUACGCCCAUCGCGCGCCCGCGAACCCCGCCGCUGCCUCCGGACGCCUCCGUCGCCCCGUCCGCUUCCGCCCCUGGCCCCCUUGCGGUUCCCGCAGUGGCUGCCGCCGCUCGCCGUCCCACCUCCGCCCCCUGGUCGCGCUCCGGCGAACACUCGCCGCGCCCUGGGUCUGCCUUCGGGCGCCCACGCCCGAGCGCCUCCGCCCGGCUCCGCCCGAUUAG